CCUUUCAAAAAAGAAGAAGAAAAAGAAAAAACUCCCAGUUUGGCAGUUUUUGCGACGGAGACACCGAGGCCAGCGCCAUCCACCCGCUCCGCUUCCGGCCGCCCCGCCCCGCCCCCUCCGCUUGGGCUUGAUCUCCCCACAACCGCAAGCGACGGGCGUCAUAUCCACUCCGCUCCUGAUCUCUCCUCUAUUCUUCAGUGCAGCAGCAUCAGCAGCAGGCCGCCCGGCCCACGCCCGCCUCCGAUCCGCUAGCUGCUCCCUCGCCGUCCGGAGAUGGCCUCCGCCGCCUUCGCCGUCUCCUCGCCGGCGGCCUCCGCCGUCGCCGCGCGAUCCAAGGUGCUUGGACGUGGAGCUAAUCUGGGGAGAAAUAGAACUGGCUGCCGCGUCGGUAUCACGCGGAAGAACUUUGGCCGUGUUAUGAUGGCCCUUGCAGUGGAUGUUUCUCGUUUUGAAGGAGUGCCAAUGGCUCCUCCAGACCCAAUUCUUGGGGUUUCAGAGGCUUUUAAAGCGGAUAAAAAUGAUCUGAAGCUCAAUCUUGGUGUUGGUGCCUAUAGGACAGAAGAGUUGCAGCCCUAUGUGCUCAAUGUAGUCAAGAAGGCUGAAAAGCUUAUGUUGGAGAAAGGAGAUAACAAAGAGUAUCUUCCCAUUGAAGGUUUAGCCGCGUUUAACAAAGCAACAGCAGAGCUAUUGCUUGGAGCUGAUAACCCUGUUAUUAAGCAAGGGCUGGUUGCUACAAUUCAGUCUCUCUCGGGCACUGGAUCACUGCGUCUCGCUGCAGCAUUCAUACAAAGAUACUUCCCUGAAGCUAAAGUAAUCAUAUCAUCGCCCACCUGGGGUAACCACAAGAAUAUCUUCAAUGAUGCUAGGGUACCUUGGUCAGAGUACCGGUAUUAUGACCCCAAGACUGUUGGGUUGGAUUUUGAGGGAAUGAUAGCUGACAUUGAGGCUGCUCCUGAAGGAUCUUUUGUUCUGCUACAUGGUUGUGCUCACAACCCAACUGGAAUAGACCCAACUCCUGAACAGUGGGAGAAAAUUGCAGAUGUCAUCCAAGAGAAAAAACAUAUGCCCUUCUUUGAUGUUGCAUAUCAGGGUUUUGCCAGUGGAAGCCUUGAUGAAGAUGCAUUUUCUGUGAGGCUUUUUGUUAAACGUGGCAUGGAAGUGUUUGUUGCACAAUCUUACAGCAAGAAUCUUGGUCUAUAUUCUGAAAGGAUUGGUGCAAUAAAUGUUGUGUGCUCAGCACCAGACAUUGCAGAUAGGGUAAAGAGCCAGCUGAAACGAUUGGCACGACCCAUGUACUCGAACCCCCCUAUUCAUGGUGCCAGGAUAGUUGCCAAUGUUGUUGGUGAUCCGACUAUGUUUGGUGAAUGGAAACAAGAGAUGGAGGAAAUGGCUGGGCGGAUCAAGAAUGUAAGACAGAAGCUCUACGAUAGUUUGUCUGCGAAGGACCAGAGUGGCAAAGACUGGUCUUUCAUUCUGAGGCAGAUUGGCAUGUUCUCCUACACUGGGUUGAACAAAGCACAGAGUGAUAACAUGACAGAUAAAUGGCAUGUUUACAUGACCAAGGAUGGGCGGAUCUCAUUAGCUGGGCUGUCCCUAGCUAAAUGCGAUUAUCUUGCCGACGCCAUCAUCGAUUCCUUCCAUAACGUCAACUAGGUUGAGGUACAAAUAGUUGAGGGUCAACUAGGCUGGGAUUUUUGGGUCCUUCCAGCUAUACAGUUUUUCCUGUGUAUUCCAUUUGGUGUAACUUUGAUUAAAUAAAUUUUGUCAAAACUCAUGUGCUUAUUUUACUUGUAAAAUCAGUACGUGGCUACAGGAUCGUAACACUUGAAUGAAACAAUGAUAUUACCGAUAUUAAUUGCCCCCCA